UUUGUGUUUGUCAUUUGAAUUUGUCCUCUGUGAGAGUUUAUUUAUUUUUUCGAAUUUGAUUAUAAUCGAAUUGAUAAAUUGAUAUUUUUCAGCAAUUCAGGAAAGAAGUUUUAAAAUUAAAUAUACGUAAUAUUAUAUAUUUUCCCAAGUACCAAGUAGAGCAAUGGCAUUGGUUGCUUACGAUAAUAGUGACUCCAGUGAAUAUGAAGAAGAAGAAAAUACCAUCACACAAAUCAAGAAAGAAGAUAAAGUAGAUGAAACGGAUCAGGUUGCACAAAACGUUCUAAGCAUAUUCAGCCAACUCCCACAACCAUCUAACAUGAAAAAGGACAUUCUAGAAGAAGAUGAUGACAUUCUCCAUAAAAAAGAACAUUCUAACGAUGUCAAACCCAAGUCCAGGAUAACUAUACCCUCAUUAAAUGAUUUUAAAGAUGUGGAGCAAACAGUACCAAGUACAAAAACCAGAUUACCUAAUGGAAAAAAAUCAGGCCUUCUGAGUAUCCUACCAGAGCCUAGAAAUGCAGUUAGGAGCACAACAAAAUCCCUCAUACCAAAUGUUGUAGCACAAAAACCCCAAACAAGCACAGCUAAAAGGAAACCAUUGCCAUCACCAGCAAAAAUAACAAACAAAAGCUCAUUGAUAACAGACUACUCUGAUGACAGUGAUAACGAAGAUGUUCAAAAUGACUUCUUUUCUUUCAACAAAAAAGAAGAAUUACCAAUUGCAGAUUUACCAUUAGAAGAUGAUAAAGAAUCUCUGGUUACACUGAAAAAGGAACCCAGAAGUAUAGAAUCUUAUUUCAAGAAAGAAAUAGAACAUGUUGAAGUACCAACAGAAACUAAUGUAGCCGCUGCAAAUAGUGAUGAUUAUUAUAGUUUGAAUGUUGAACAGUAUGCAGAAGCUGGAAACUCUAAUGAAGUAGUACUUGAUGAUGAAGCUAUCCUCAAGUUAUGUGGCACACGCGCAAAACGGAAGCGCGAGGAGAUCCAGAUAGUAGACGUGAACCAACAGGAGGUCCUCGGUGACUCCAAGGAAUGGCUUCUCAAGGGUCUCAUGGACGACACCACCAAGAGACAGUCUGCUAGCAAGAAGCAUGGCAACGAGCCCACCAGCCAGCAGAAACGCAAGCACCAAAUCACAUACUUAGCUCAUCAAGCUAAAGCAAAUGAAGCGGAAUUACAGAACCAAUGGGCUAACAACAGGAUGUCAAAGAGAAAAACACAAUCAAAGUAUGGUUUUUGAUCAAUUAUUUAUACUUUGUAAUAAAAAUAUAAAAAUUGUACAGUA